CGAGGUGGAGAUACCAGUGAGUGAGUGGACGCUGUGUCAAGAACAUACGUCGUAACUUUGAACUUUAAUUACGUCGUGAACUUUAUUCAGAAGUGAUUUAGAACGGUUGUGUGUAUUGUAUUAUUUUAGUGAAUAGUUUGGUGACGUAUUGUUUGAUAUUCCAAAGGGUUAAGGGUCCUUUGACGUACGACAAUAAGAUAAAAAAGUGAUAUCAAUCAGUAAAUAUUGAAUAACUUAUCGUGUUGUACAGUGCAUACUACCUACAUAUUAAAACUCAUAUCUUUCCACAUUCUCUAAACGUACCAAAGAAAAUCAUUUUUAUAUAUCUUAUCCAUGCAAGGCGAUCGUAUUACUCGUACGUCGUGGCAGCGGUGUGCACAGCAGUUACUUCGCUUUUCUCUUUUGGGAUUUCCCCGCGAAUGAAUUUCAUUUCCUAUCGACCGUACAUUGUCUCAAGAUGACCUUUUAAGGACAGUGAACCUAUCCGAGGAAACAGUGAGGUGUUGGCUUGUCAUGAUUGUACAUCGGUCUAGUUUGUUUGCAAUUUUUGCAUUUUCUUUUGAAGACUCUUACAUAUCAAAAUUUUGUGAUAUUAUGUUGUAUUUUAUCCUCGCAAAUACACCAUGGCUUCUUUGAUUCGUAUUGUUAAUAAGCGAAGGUUAAGUAAGGCUUCAAUACAAAAGGUUGAUGAAGGAACCGUGCUAUCAACUUUUUACAACGUCGAUGCAUGUGCUUCAAAUACCUCCAAUAACAACUCCGAUGCACCAGGAAAUGUUGCAGAAAAGAACUCUCAACAUUUGCCACAGGAAACUUCCACAGAUGGGGAGUGCAAGGUUGAAUCGGAGCCACUUUUGACAGUACUGGAAGAAUACACUUCAAAGGAUGUCACACAGCAGUCAACAACAGAAUUACCUCAAAAUUCAUCCUCUUUACCGCAGGCAUCAUCAAGUGAUGUCACUCCCUCGCCAGAAGAAGAGACCACAGUCGCUAAGCCACAGAAUCUCAAUGAUGCUCCAGCACAUAAUACAGGGAUUUACACCACAGAAGACCGUUUUGUGUUUCGGUUGUACAAACUCGUUCAGACUGUAGCUGUAUAUGUUUUGCAUCUUGUCUUCUCCUGGAGCAUUCAGGACAAACCCGUCGAGAUGAAUUUAUGUGAUUAUUUUACUUCGGUAAAGAAUGUGAGUAAGGUCAAAUUAAGAAGCCUUUUCAAGAAGACGCAAAUGGAAGCCUUGCAAAAUUACUCUCCCGAUGAUUCCUUUGACGUGACAAUGCUAUUUGCAUGUAUCCUGUGUGUGUACAAAGAAACAGACGAUGUUAUGGAACACAUCAAGUAUAUCAAAGGUUUUAGGAACGACCUCGCGCAUUCAAAUAUGGACAUUGAUCAUUCAAAUUUUUUAGAAAAGAUUGAAAGUUUACGGGACCACUUUACAAGGGCGUUACAAAUAGCUGGAGAUAUAAAUUCCAUCCCACAAGAUGCAGUGAGAAAUCAUGUGCAGGAAAUGAAUGAAAAUGUAAAUAAGAUCAUAGAAGAACCGAUAGUCCAAUGGGACAUUACUAGUUAUGAAAACGAGCUCCUGUUUGAACAGAAACUACACAAUCUUGUGACCGUUGGUUCACAGAAUCUAAAAGCAUUGUAUGAACAAUGGGUUUAUCUCACCCCACUCUCCUUCGUCAGUGGGAACACCCAGCUCCAAGUGGGUAUGGUGUUUACUGAGCUAGAAAUCGUAGAGACAGGUCCGGGAGGAAAUGGCGUGCUGAUCGAACACCAAGACUUUUUCCAUGUAGCCGCGAACUGCCGAACUUUGGGUAAUAAAGAAAGGCCAGCAAAGGUCAUUCUUGUCGAAGGCCCAGCGGGAUCUGGCAAAACAACAUUGACUAAAGUGAUUAUCAGUAACUGGAUUCAGGGGAAAGAUGCGAUCAAAGGCCUUACAGAUUUCCAGUUACUGUUGUAUACGGAGUGCAGGAAUCCUUCUGUAAAGAGUUUCUCUCAGCUUCUAACAGUUCUGAUGCCUGACAUUGCGAAAAAAUUCCGAACGGAAGAUAUGGUCAGCUGUGUUCUUGCAUGCAAAGUUCUCGUGAUUGUGGAUGGAGUUGAUGAGAUGACCUCUUCCUCUCGUACGCUCUUGGAAGAAAUAUUGUCCUUGGUAAACACAGCAGACAUAACGGUGUUUAUUACCACACGACCAGAGGCUGUCGACGAUUUUUCCAAGAUGAUGCCUCUUAAUAUAAAUACAAUGCACGUCAAGAUUAAAGGAAUUCCCGAAGGUAAGCGAGAGGAAUUUGCUCUGAAAUACCACUCCGAGAUGGAAAGGACUGGCCAAGGCUCGCUGGACACAUCAGGACUUGUGAAAUACUUGAGGAAAACGGGCGUGCAUCUGAAGGAACACUGGCGCCUCCCGCUACACUUAGCGAUGGCUGUCAUUCUGUGGGUGGUCUGCCCAGAUGCCAUCAACAGCGUAACAACAGCAACGGAGUUGUUCAUAGAAACUGAAAAUCUUCGGGAUGAAAAACUGUGCGAGAGAGUGAAGAAAAAUGAACAGUACAAGUGCCUUCCCGUCAAGGAAAUCAAAGAGAAGAUCGAAAUUUUCCGAUCGAGUCUCUAUAAAAUCGCCUUGUACGGGCAAAGGGAAAGCGAUAUAAUCUUGACCAAUAAUUCUCUGGAGAUUUUCGAAAAGCUCUGUAAGUUCCUCAGUUUACCCGAAUCUGAAGUGAUGGGAGCGUUCUUCGUGAAGAAAAUCACUUGGAAUAACACAGGCAUGCAAACGCAGUACAGUUUCGCCCAUAAAGGAACCCAAGACUUUUACUCUGCAUUGCAUGUUGUGAACGUCCUCCACGGAAAAGAAUACCCGGAGAGCUUGGAACAAAUGCAGAAUUGUUUGGAAACGUCUUGGCAGAAAAUACUGACGUUGAAGAAGAAAUCCAUCUUGAAUAUACUGAAAGAUGUCUACAGAUCAAACCCAGAAGACUUCAAUCUCAAGAAGUUCCAGAAUGUUCUCGUGCAUCUUACUGGCCUCGUGGACAACGGAGGAGAAAUCUGCCGCAAGGAAAUCUUGUCAGAAAUUGUCAAAUUGCUGAGGAGAUCGGGCGUCGAUGACGAGCAGGCGUGGCUAGACAUCCUCAGCGACAUCAAGAUCAACGACGCCAUCAACAAAGAAGUCUCCAAGUACGUCCCUGACAUCAUGAACCUCAACGGACACAUAGAAGUAACGGAUUCUCGCGUCGCCACUUACGCCAAGAUGGUUCUUCACGCUAAGCCCACCCGCGUGACGAUAAGCAUUGAUAGCGAUCCAGUACAGGUUCCGUGUUUGCAGGAUUUGAUGGAAGCUUUGUACUACAUAACGUGUGACACUGAGUUGUACUUCUACCAUGAUUUCCUGCAUCCUAGUUCUGACACCCUUGGCGUUGACAGUCCACUGCCGCAACUCUUCAAAGUAUCCCGAGUUACCAAGUUCAUGGGCCACAUCGACCAGGCGCUCCUGAGGAAGCUCCCCCACGACCUCCGCGUGGUGUGUGCGGCGGCCGUGGACGAGCGACACUUCCAAACGCUGCUCUCGCGGCUCACCGCCUUGCCCAACUUGGAGUGGGUUUGGAUUCACUCAAGAGAAGACCUUGACACUAAGGUCAAUCCGCCUCUCGCAGGCAUCAACAAGGUCAUUUACAACAGCAGCUACAACAGGCUCAUAGUUAAGAAGUUAACCAGACACCCCUUGGAAUUAGGACGCCUUGAGAAAUUGCUUGAGCUCAUAGACAGCAAGUACAGCCAAGAAUCAAGGAAGGCUUUUAGAUGUGAUGUGGAAAUGCAGUUGUUGUGGGAUUUCCAACAACCUGGAGCAUAUUACAAGACAACAGACUGGGCCUUCCAGCGUUUGUUCUUGCGGUGUAAAGUCACAUCGUUCAAAGGAUGUCUAGGAAGUGAUUCAUUGGCAAGUCUUCCUAGUACAGUAAGGAAACUAAGGAUAUCAAUAUUUGAUGACAGCCACUACAAGUCUAUUGAGCCAAGUCUCUCCACACUGCUGAAGACACAUCCAAAUUUAUUUCGACUAU